AUGGAUCUGCAGGGAAGCGUCAGGGUAGACGGCACGACGUACAUCUGGACGGGGGAGGAUAAUCCUUCGCUGGGAGCCUCCGCUGCGAACCUUACCAGCAUCCAAAUCACGCCGACACGCACCAUCUUCAUCAUGCAGGCCGGCCCUAUGAAUGUGACCAUCACAUACUUGUCGCCAAUCGAGCCGUCCGAUUGGGUACUCCAGUCCUUUCCCUUCUCUUAUGUGUCCUUCGAGGCAAGAUCGCUUGACGGCCACUCUCACGCCGUUGAAGUGUAUUCAGAGCUCACCGGAGAGUGGUUGUCGAACGACUGGGAGAACAGCGACAUUCAAUGGACCCAGAACAACACGAACAACGCAGUGUCCCACAUUCAGCUCCAAAACCCGGAGAAGUAUGCCGAGAUCAGCGCGCAAUCGCAAGACGGCGAAGCUUACUUCGCGAUGGCGUCCCGGCCCGCUCUUACAUGGCAAAUCGACGGCAACAAUAACCCUCGGAAACAAUUCCAUAAUCAAGGAGUGUUGACAAACACCAGCAGUACGUCGUUCGGACCCAUCGCACCGAACAUCGUCAUGUUCGGCAUCUCCGUCGACCUCGGCCAGAUCCAGAGCACGCCGUCUCCGCUGACGUGGGCUUUUGGAGUCCCUCGCAACCCCUCAAUAGGCUACACCUCAGCCGAUAAAACGACACAAGACCUGAGCCCAUACUAUGUGACUCGUUACCCCGGGUCCAGCGGCAUGGUACAAGCUAAGGUGACGCAGAUCGACGACUUCACGGCAGGGUUUUCAGAGGCCCAGACGAGAGCGAUUGCGCUGGACAACGCUAUCCUGGGGAAUGCAUCGAGCAUCUCGACGCAGUACGCAGAUCUAGUGUCGCUCGCCGUCCGUCAGACGCUGGGCUCUUUAGACUUCACGGUAUCAACGGGGACUGACGGGAACCCAAAUGCCUCCGACGUCCGUAUCUUCAUGAAGGACACGAGCAGCCCCACGCCGACAGGACGCGUCAACCCUGUAGAGAAAAUGUAUGGCGCGCUUCCCCUGCUACUCUACCUCAACGCUUCUAUCGUGGGGCCCCUCCUUGCACCUCUACUAGACGCACAGGACGGUACGAUUGGGCAGCCGUCCGCGGCGCAAGAUUUAGGCCCCGCCUACCCCAAUGCGACAGGUGCUACUUGGGGCUCUAACCUAGACGUUGAACAAUCUGGCAACAUGCUCGUCAUGUUGUAUGCGCAUGCGCGGUUUUCCGGAGAUGGAUCAUUGAUACACAGACAUUACGACCUUGCGAAGCGUUGGACGGAUUAUCUCGUCAACAACACGUUGAGUCCGUCCAGCGAACAGGCGUCCCCAGAUUCUGAAACAGGAAACAUAGCCAACUCGACGAAUCUCGCGCUCAAGGGUAUCAUCGGUGGGCAUGCAAAUGCGAUGGCCGCUUCUUGGCACUCACUCGCGCUAUCUUCGGAUGGGUCUCAUUUCCUGGGGGCCUAUGGCGACGAGCAAUCGUCGGCGCUGAUGUACAAUAUCUACGCGGAUCGCCUUCUGGAUACUGGUAUUGUGAAUCAAACUCUCUACGCACUGACAACCGCGCAGAUACUGCAAAGUCAGACAGCGUUCUACAAGAAUCUCCUUAGCUCUGAAGCAUCACCCAACUUCGGUCUCCCUAUCUAUAGCACCUCUAGCGCAACCAAGGCUGCCUGGAUUCUUUUUACUGCUGCUAUCGUGACGGACAACAGCGUGCGCGACGACCUCAUCCGUGGCGUAUGGAACAGAGCGUCCUUCAAUCAAACACAAGGCCCAUUCCCAGAGUGGUAUGACACAAAGACGGGUGCCGCGCUUUCAAAUACUGGAUUCAUAGAUGCUUCACCCUCGUUCGGGGCGAUGUUUUCCCUCUUGGCCCUUAGGUGA